AUGAAAGAAGUGUUUGCUCUUAGAAGGAGGAUUCAACAAUAUCGUGAUGAUGAUGAUUUGAGCAUAAGUCUUAUGGCAAGUAAGAUGAAAGCAAAAUACAACAAGUAUUGGGGAAAUGCAAAAACUAUUAACAUGUUGUUGUUAAUUGCCGUAGUUCUAGAUCCUUGCCAUAAGUUGGAUUAUGUUGAAUGGUGCCUAGUUAAUUCUUUUGGUGCGGAAGUGGGCGGUGAAUUGAAGACAAAGUUGUCUUCUUGUCUUCAUUCACUUUAUAAUUUAUAUCAAGGUGCAGAUGAAGGAAACCAAGAUGAUACCCUCUCCCAACCGAGUCCAAGUGACAAAGCCAAAGACAUUUAUGAUAUGGGGUUAUAUCGCCGAUCAACCGGUCGCAAAUCCAAUCUUAAAUCUGAGCUUGAUCGUUAUUUGAAUGAAGACUGUGAGCCAGAUGAUAAGCCUUUGGAUAUUCUUGGAUGGUGGAAGGUUAACUAUUUUUGUAUGUAA